AAAUCUAACAACAGCUGAUCAUCGUGGCGUCGCGACGCUAGCGUUUCGAUGAUCAGUAAGCAUCCAGACGCCAAUUCUCAGCUCUCGUGAAAAUUAUCGGGUUCCGACAGUGUUUGUAUUUGUUCUACAAGAUGGAAGUGUACGAGAUAACGUUGUCCUGAGUAGAAAAAAAAGGUAUAAUUAGGCAGCUCCACAUCAAAAUGUCGUCAUUCAAGAUGGUUCCAACGCAAGUACAGUGAGGAUGUCUACAAGCACCGAAUCAAGGUCGAAAUCCUCAUCAGAAACAUCGAGAACUAAACACAGGUCAAGAUCAGCUCCCCGACGGAAUGAAGAAAAGAAACCGAAAAAGAAGAGGAAUAAAAGUACCUCCUCUAACUCCUUAGGGUCUAUUCCUAAUACGAUCAAGUUGUCCAUGCUGAACAGUGGAUUAAUACCAACAAAUAGCUAUGAUAAUGGAUUCGUGGCACCUACUGUGAAUAACACUCCACCAGUGGAAGUAUCAGAUUUUGUUAAAUACUGUGAACAGCGAAGAAAAUGGCCAGUUCUUUAUAAAUUAGAAUUUCAAUUUGCUACUAAAGUGGAAUCUCAUUCAUGUAGACAUGGAACCAAAAAGGCAAAUUUAGAGAAAAACCAAAACCAAAAAUGCAUUCCUUAUGAUUAUAAUAGGGUAGUUUUAGAGCCAUUAGAGGGAACUCGUGAUACGGAUUAUAUUAAUGCCUCAUACGUAGAUAGUCUACUGAAGCCAAAUGCAUACAUCGUCACUCAAGGUCCUACAGAAGAAACUGUGACAGAUUUCUGGAGAAUGAUUUGGCAAGAAAGAGCUAGUUGUAUAGUGAUGUUAACUAAAACAUUCGACUUCAUCAAGGUGAUGUGUGUCCAAUAUUGGCCGGCCUCCAAAGAUCUGGACGAAACAUAUGGUGGUAUAGGUAUAUCUAUGUUAGAUGAGGAAGAAUUGGCGCAUUUUCACAUCAGAACAUUCAAAUUAUAUAAGAAGGAAGGAGAUAAUAUUAUCGAAGAAAGAUUGAUCCUACAGUUUCAUUUCACAGAAUGGCAUAGUCAUUCUUGUCCUUUCCCAAACUCAAUUCUCGAAUUUAGAAGGAGAGUUAGGGCGGUUGUAGGUCACAGAAUCAAAUCUAAUCAAGCCGGACCGAUGAUAGUACAUUGCAAUGAUGGCGGUGCCAGAUCUGGAGUCUACUUGGCCAUUGAUGCUAAUCUUGAACUAGCAGAGGAAGAUCAUAAGUUCGACGUAUUCGGAUACAUGAAAAAAUUAAGGCAAUCGAGAAAGAACCUUGUUGAAAAUGUGGAACAAUAUAAAUUCAUUUAUGAUAGUCUUGAAGACUUCGUCACCUGUGGUAACUCGUGGUUUCCUGUGAGUGAGCUUUCGCAAAGACUAAAACUCAAGUCCGUGAAAAACACAUCAACAAAAAUGAAUGAAUACCAAAGAGAGUAUAUGUUAAUUUGUAAGCAGACUCCAAGAUUUUCAAUAGGAGACUGUGCAGGUGGUCAUCGUGGAGACAAUAGGAAAAAGAAUAGAGAUGUAUUGAUUGUACCGCCUGACAAUUUCAGGCCUUAUCUAACUUCAUUCCAAGGAAAUAGUUUUACGGAUUAUAUAAAUGCUGUUUUUGUAGAUGGAUAUACAAAGCCCAGGGAAUAUAUUGUAACAGAGUGGCCCCUAAAAUCUACAGGUGGUGAAUUUUGGUCCCUCGUUUAUGAUUAUGGAUGCUCAGCUGUUGUGGUCUUAUGUCUUCCACCGACAAAUUCUCAACAGUUCCCAUCAUUCUGGCCAGAAGGUAAAACCCCUAAGAAAUAUGGACCUGUCUUCACAAUUGAACAUCUUUCCCAUAAUCAUUAUAGUAAUAUAAGAACUUGGGUGUUCAGAAUAAAUAAAAAGAUUGUUGCAUUGACAGAGUUGAUGGCUGGUGUUAAAGCUCCUCCAAAAACUGUUCAAUUGUUCCAACUGACCUGCUGGCCAAUGGGGCAUAAUGUUCCAACAUCUACCAAUUCCCUAGUGGAGCUUAUGAAUAUGGUGGAAAGAUGGCGUCAAAGGACCGAAUAUGGUCCGGUUUGUGUUGUAUCUCCGGAUGGAAGAACUAGAUGUGGGAUAUAUUGUGCAGCUAACGCAUGUAUAGAGCAAGUUAUUCAACAUGGAGAGGUUGAUGUAUUUCAAGCAGUUAGGACAGUCAGAAUACAUCGUCCCCAACUGAUUGAGAACAUAACUGAGUAUAAGUACUGCUAUGAUGUGGUUCUCCACUAUGUCCUUCAUUAUUUGCAGAAAGAUAUGAAGGAGAUGAGGGAAAAACGCAAGUCUUACGAAGAGAAGUAAUUAAGCAACCUAUUUCAUAAGGUGAAUAAUUUGGUUACAAAAUGCAAAAUAUUUACUUAUUGUUACUCAUCUUCUAUAUAUUCAAUAUUAUAUAUAUUUUAAUUAAACUAUGUUAUCGAUAAUAA